AGAACUGAGUUCAAUUGUUACUAUCCAUUAUCACUGAUCACUCGCCGACCGAGGUUUUUGCACGUAUUUCUUUACUGUAAAUACACACAUUCGACGAUUUUAUCGCCGUGUAGGCAAUAGAAUCGUAGUCAUGACGGAAGAAUGGAAACUAGAUCAUCGUGCGAGAAAGAGGAUCAAGGAAGUGAAAAAGAAGGCCCGCCCAGAGCUCGCGGAUAAAGCAGCAUGGAGCCAGCAUGGCUACAGCAAGAACUUCAAAACGUUCUGGGAGUUCCAAGAUAACGCCGAGCGUAUCGAUGAAUCCAACGUGGCUACGGAACUGUUUGUUGAGAGAUAUGAGAAACCCUACAAACCUGUGAUAAUACGAGGUGUUCAAAACGGCUGGAGAGCUCAGCACAAAUGGACUAUAGAGAGAUUAGCGAAGAAAUACCGGAAUCAAAAGUUUAAGUGCGGCGAGGACAAUGAGGGAUACAGUGUAAAGAUGAAGAUGAAAUACUAUGUUCGUUACAUGUAUCAUAACGAGGACGAUUCUCCCCUGUACAUUUUCGAUAGCUCGUUUGGCGAGCAUCCAAGGCGAAAGAAGCUGUUAGAAGAUUAUAUAAUUCCUAAGUACUUCCGGGACGACCUUUUCCAUCAUGCUGGAGAACAUCGAAGACCUCCAUAUCGCUGGUUUGUUAUGGGACCUGCCAGAUCCGGUACAGGGAUACAUAUAGACCCGUUAGGAACCAGUGCAUGGAACGCUUUAAUUUCCGGUCAUAAACGUUGGUGCCUGUUUCCCACGCAUACUCCUCGCGAAUUGUUAAAAGUAUCCGCGUCCGAAGGUGGUAAGCAGAGGGACGAAGCUAUCACGUGGUUUUCCAUUGUUUAUCCUCGUACAAAGCUACCUACAUGGCCAAAAGAUUGUAGUCCGAUAGAGAUUUUACAGACUCCUGGUGAAACUGUCUUUAUUCCCGGCGGUUGGUGGCACAUCGUUCUAAAUCUUGACGAGACUAUCGCAGUAACACAAAAUUUCUGCUCGCGUACCAAUUUUCCGGUAGUUUGGCACAAAACGGUCCGAGGACGGCCAAAGCUGUCACGGAAAUGGUUAAAAGUACUCAGCGAUAAAGAGCCGGAACUAGCAAAGUUAGCAAAAACCAUAGAUGUAAAAGAGGAUACUGGCGUUGCUAGUGACUCUUCGAGCGGAUCAUCGAGCAGCUCGUCAAGUAGCACCAGUAGUAGUCAAUCCGAGGAUAGUGAGGACGAUAGCGGUCAAGAAUCGCUUACCGCACACAAAAAGAGAAAGAGAAGAAAACUGAAUAACAGCCAACCCUGACAAUACCCAGUAUUUAAAACCUACAGAGACCUCAGACUGUACAGUAUUAAUCAACAAUUAUUGUUUAUACUAAGAAUAAAUAUUAUAAUUAUUACUA